UGCUUCAUCAAAUUCUAUCUUAACUCUUUCUUUAAUUAAGGAAGGAAUGACUUGAAUAUGAAUAAGCUCAGGUACUCAUUCUAAUUAAACUCUGCUAAUUAAUUACAACAGCUCGAGUAUGAGUUUCCUUGGUCAGAUGCAGGGCCUAAUCAUCAGCAUCACUUUGAUGCUGUAUCUACUCACAUAUGAUGCAGCCGACGACAACAAAGGCCCUGCAUACCACCAUUGCCCGGCUACUAGCUUCUCCUACGGCGCAGGCAGCACGUUUGAAGAGAGUCUAAAUCAGACGCUUUUCACAAGACUCUUUGCUGAUGCAACCUUACGAACCUAUUCUAAAGUCACCAAUGGUACAGGUAUUAAUCAGGUCACUGCUCUGUAUUUCUGCAGAGGAGAUGUUGAUGUCGAUACGUGCCACAGGUGCAUCAACGCUGCAGUACAGGUAAUUGUACAGAAGUGCAAAUAUAAGAAAGAAGGGAUUGUUUGGUACGAGUUUUGCACCUUGCGCUAUGCCAAUCACACCAUCUCCUCCCUCGACGAAGAGAUUCUAUAUAAAACACAUUACAAUGAUACCGGUUUGGUUAGCGACCCCAUUCUUGAACCACACCGCGACCUCUUUAACAUGACCAUGACUAGUCUCUUUAGCAAAGCUGCUUAUAACAAAAACCCUCUUGGUUUUGCCACAAACGAAACCAGUCUAUCCGCGUCUCAGAAGCUUCGCGGCUUUGCACAAUGCAGUCCUUAUAUCAGUAAUAACCUUUGUGAGAAAUGCCUAAGCAACGCAUAUAGUAAGAUGCUUCAAUGGGCCAUCACUAUAGUAUUUUUGCCUAGUUGUAAUCUCGGGUUUGAUUUAAUUGGACCCCCUUCUCCCACCGGACCACCUUCAUCCCCUAAGAAGAAUCCCCUAUCAGAGCAUUAUAAGGUCCUCCUCCAGGUGCUACUACCUGUCGUCAUGUUCUUCUCAAUCGUAGGUGCCUUUUGGUUUUGGAGGUGGCGGUGUAGGCCAUCAGUUACAGGUGGGACUAACAAUGUAACAGAAGCUACCAAAGAUGAGACUGAAAUUGAAGAUGCUAGUAGGCUUCAAUUGGCGCGAUUUACCUAUUCUCAAAUAAAGGAUAUGACAAAUGAUUUCAAUAGAGUACUAGGUGAAGGUGGCUAUGGAAUCGUUUAUUAUGGUCGCUUAAGUGACAACCACAGGGAAGUUGCUGUCAAGGUGCUCUCAAAAAAUGAUGCCCCUAAGCAAUUUAGCAAUGAGGUUAAUGUGCUAGGGAGGAUAUAUCACAAAAACUUGGUUACUCUAAUCGGAUUCUGCGAAGAAGGAACCAGCAACUUGGCACUUGUUUACGAGUACUUAUCUGGAGGGGACUUGAAAGCUCUUCUUUCAGAACAUUCAGGUGUAUUCAUAAGCUGGAAAAGGAGACUUUCGAUUGCCUUUGAUACAGCUAAAGGAUUGGAUUAUUUGCAUACCGGUUGUAGCCCGCCAAUAGUCCAUAGAGACGUUAAGCCGGCUAAUAUACUACUAAAUCGAGAUUAUCACAAGGCAAAAGUAGCUGAUUUUGGCUUCUCAAAAAUAUUUCCAGCUGAAUAUGUCUCAAAAUUAAAGACUCGAGUCAUUGGCACAACAGGUUAUCUUGAUCCUCAGUACCAUUUAACCGGACAGGUGAACGAAAAGAGUGACGUUUAUAGCUUUGGUGUUGUUCUGCUAGAGCUCAUAACAGGGAAAUCAGCAAUCAUAAAAAAUACAAACACACAUUUAGUUCAAUGGGUAACACCUCUAUUUGAAAGAGGUGACAUAGGUAGUAUAUUGGACCCGAGACUGCAUAUAGAGAUAGGCGAAAACUACAACACUCUAUGGAGAGCAACAGAGCUAGCUAAGAAAUGUGUUGAAUUAGAUGCAACAGAUAGACCAACUAUGAGUGACAUUGUUAUUGAAUUAAGGGAGUGCUUGGCUAGAGAGAACGCGGAUGUUGAGAGUUCGAGCUCGGCGACUACAGAGAUGAUGACAGCCGUGGUUUCAAGUGCUUCAAUGAGUCCACAUCCUCGGUAGUAUGAUCAAGUGUCCGCAAGGGUUGCCAAAUUUAUCAUUGUGAUAUGCUUUAGUAUUAUUAGAUGUAUAUGCAUGCCUAGUUAGACUGUAGAGAGAGUGACAAAGGGCAAAUAAUGUAAGUGAAUUGAUCUUUGCUUCUUUGGGAUCACGCUGAUAUAUUUAUGAUUUGAAAAUCACAAUUAGUCUCCCUCUAUGAUUAAAGUGGUGCUAUUAUUUUUUUAUUAUUUUUUUUUUAUUUUUUUUAAAAAUACCUAUUAAAAACCCUUAAAUUUGAAAACAACUAGCUAAUACGGAGUAAAGUUGUAUCUCCAAACAAAAAACCCUUGAAAAAAAUUGAGUCGCGCUAUUCACAAAUGGAUUCCAACAAAUGAUUCCGUUUGUGAGU